UCGCAACACUGUUUUCUGUCAUUAACUUAGGUGGCAUCUUGGUUGCUUGUGACGUGGAUUUGGAGAAAAUUUGUAAAAUAAUUCCAAUUUGAUCCUUGGGUGUUUUAUGAAAAGGAUUUUGGAAUUAACCACACCCUAUUGAGAUGACUACUUACGAAGAAUUCAUUCAACAGAAUGAGGAUCGUGACGGUGUUCGUUUGACUUGGAAUGUUUGGCCAUCAAGCCGCAUCGACGCAGGUCGUCUGGUUGUGCCUCUCGCUUGUCUAUAUCAACCGUUAAAGGAACGUCCCGAUUUACCACCCAUACAAUAUGAGCCAGUUUUGUGUACACGCGCUAAUUGUCGGGCUAUUCUUAACCCUCUGUGCCAAGUGGACUAUCGUGCGAAAUUGUGGGUAUGCAAUUUUUGUUUCCAGCGUAAUCCGUUCCCACCACAGUAUGCUGCAAUUUCAGAGCAGCAUCAACCAGCCGAAUUGAUACCUGGAUUCAGUACCAUCGAGUACACAAUUACCCGUGCGCCUUGUAUGCCUCCUGUUUUCAUAUUCCUUGUCGAUACUUGUAUGGAUGAAGAAGAGUUGGAUGCUUUAAAAGACUCUUUGCAAAUGUCUUUGAGCUUAUUGCCCCCAAAUGCGUUGGUUGGUCUUAUAACAUUUGGUAAAAUGAUCCAGGUGCACGAAUUGGGCGCUGAGGGAUGUUCGAAGAGCUACGUAUUUCGUGGUACCAAGGAUCUUACCGCAAAACAGGUUCAAGAUAUGUUAGGUAUUGGUAGACCAACGGGUACAACAGUUGGUGCUCCUGGACAACCUGGACAACAAAUGCCAGGUCAACAACGCGCACCGGCUGCUGCUGCUGUACCCCCUGCGAACCGAUUUCUGCAACCCAUUAGUAAAUGUGAUAGUGCAUUGGGUGACUUAUUGAGCGAAUUGCAGCGUGACCCUUGGCCGGUACCUCAGGGCAAGCGUUAUUUACGUUCCACGGGCGCUGCAUUGGCGAUCGCAGUGGGUUUACUUGAAUGCACCUAUCCCAAUACAGGCGCUCGAAUUAUGAGUUUUGUCGGUGGACCUUGCUCCCAGGGUCCCGGCCAAGUGGUUGACGAUGAGCUUAAGCAUCCUAUUCGUUCCCAUCACGAUAUUCACAAGGAUAAUGCUCGAUAUAUGAAAAAAGCUAUUAAGCAUUAUGAUGCAUUAGCUUUACGCGCCGCUACCAAUGGACAUUGCAUCGAUAUUUACUCGUGUGCACUUGAUCAAUGUGGUCUCAUGGAGAUGAAACAAUGUUGCAAUUCGACUGGUGGUCACAUGGUAUUGGGAGAUUCAUUUAAUUCGUCAUUAUUUAAGCAAACAUUCCAACGUGUAUUUGCGAGAGAUGCACGCGGUGAUUUGAAAAUGGCAUUCAAUGGCACACUGGAAGUGAAGUGUUCGCGCGAGCUGAAAAUCUCGGGCGGCAUCGGCUCGUGUGUGUCGCUGAAUGUGAAGAACUCGUCGGUGUCUGAUGUGGAGAUCGGCAUGGGCAACACGGUGCAAUGGAAGAUGUGUACACUGAAUCCAAGCUCAACAAUGGGAUUCUUUUUCGAAGUUGUAAACCAACAUGCGGCUCCAAUGCCACAAGGUGGUCGGGGUUGUAUUCAAUUUAUAACCCAAUACCAGCAUGCAAGCGGACAGCGUCGCAUACGUGUAACAACGUUGGCUAGGAACUGGGCAGAUGCUACAACUAAUUUACCAUACAUAAGUGCUGGCUUUGAUCAAGAAGCUGCUGCAGUGAUUAUGGCACGCAUGGUGGUAUAUCGUGCUGAAACGGAUGAAGGUCCAGAUAUAUUACGUUGGGUGGAUCGGCAGCUCAUUCGAUUGUGCCAAAAAUUCGGCGAGUACAGCAAGGAUGAUCCGAACAGUUUCCGCUUGGCUCAGAAUUUUAGUCUUUUCCCACAAUUCAUGUACCAUCUGCGCCGUUCGCAAUUCUUGCAAGUCUUCAACAACUCGCCAGACGAGACCACAUUCUAUCGGCACAUGCUGAUGCGCGAGGACCUCACCCAGUCUCUAAUUAUGAUACAACCAAUUUUAUAUAGCUAUUCCUUUAAUGGUCCACCAGAGCCGGUGUUACUCGACACAUCGUCCAUUCAGCCGGACCGUAUAUUACUAAUGGACACGUUUUUCCAAAUUUUAAUUUAUCACGGAGAAACCAUCGCCCAAUGGCGAGCUCUAAAGUAUCAGGAUAUGCCAGAAUAUGAGAAUUUCAAGCAGCUAUUACAAGCGCCUGUGGAUGACGCUCAAGAGAUUUUACAAACCCGUUUUCCGAUGCCACGUUACAUUGAUACUGAGCACGGUGGCUCACAAGCUCGUUUCUUGCUAUCUAAAGUAAAUCCAUCGCAGACCCACAACAAUAUGUACGCGUAUGGUCAGCCACCAAUUGGCCAGUCUACGGAUGGUGGUGCUCCGGUAUUGACUGAUGAUGUUUCGCUACAACUUUUCAUGGAACAUCUUAAGAAAUUGGCAGUUUCAUCAACAACGUGAAUCGGAAAAUUUUGGGAGUGUAUUAAGUCAUGGUACCUCAGGCUUAAAGCGUUUUGGUCGAGUUGCUGGAGGAGUGAGAUAUUUAGAAAUAAAUAGGGGAUGCUAGAAACAUUUGUCGGCAAAAUAAUAUUACGAUUAUAAUUAUUAAAAUGCUAAUAUUAAACGAAUAAUUAACAAUUAUAUAAAUAAACAUUAUAUCAAAUAAAAUUUAAAUUACUGUACUUGGCAAUAGCGAAAGCUUAAUAAAACAACAACAAAGUUCAUUCUUAA